ACACCCACCCACAUUCACACACCCACACUCAUACACAGAGCGGAGCUCGUGGCCACCCAGCUGCACAAAUACACUAGAUGCCUGUAAGGGGUGGAAACUGAAUAUUCCGUAGCUUGAGAUUUUCUGCAGUAUUAUCCAAAAUGAGCAGCUCUUUCUCAGCCAAAAUUCAGUCCAAAAUGGAACUGGCCAAAGACAUGAAGGAGGAGGAUAAGUUGUACAGAUAUAAUGGAGUGCUGUACCCUGUCAUCAUGAGUCCAGAGGAGAACCUGAAGGCUAUGGAGAGGCUGGAAGCAAGAGCAGAUGAUGUCAUGUUAGUUGCAUAUCCCAAAUGUGGUUUUAAUUGGAUGGUGGCGGUGCUUCGUAAAAUAAUAGCAGCAGCAACCGGUGAGAAAGCAGAGUCCAAAAUCCCUCCAUUGAUGGAGUUCUUUGGGCCAGAAAUGCUGCAGGUUAUUCACAAAGCACCGUCCCCCAGAUUUCUAGGGACACACAUGCACCCAGAUAACAUUCCUGCAUCCUUCACCACAAAGAAAACAAAGAUGCUGGUGAUAUUCAGGAACCCGAAAGACACAGUGGUUUCCUUCUAUCACUUCUCCAACAAAAACCCAGUUCUACCAACUGCCGAGUCCUGGGAUCGCUUCUUCUCAGAGUUUAUGAGUGGAAAAGUUCCCUGGGGUUCAUAUUUUGACCAUGCACUUGGCUGGGAGAAGAGAAUGGAUGACCCUAACGUGAUAAUAGUCACCUUUGAGGAGUUAAAACAGGACCUGAGUGAAGGUGUGCGAAGGGUCUCUGAGUUCUUUGGUUUCAGUCUCAGUGAUGCCCAGGUCCAGGCCAUCGCAGAGGAGAGCACCUUCAACGCUAUGAAGGAGAGCUCCAAUGACUCACACGGCCAGAUGGGCAACGUCUUCUUCAGGAAAGGUGAAGUAGGAGACUGGAAGAACCAUUUCAGCCCAGCCCAAAGCCAGGAGAUGGACACAGCAUUUGAGAAGCACCUGGCAGGGACUAAGCUUGGGGCCAAACUGAAGUAUGACCUGUACUGCAAGUAGACAGCAGACUGGAUGAGCACUGACUGAACCGAGACAGGACGCAAGGGAAACACUGACAGAUUAGGAAAAUUCAACCCCAACAGGCAGGAGAGCUGGUUUGUGAAAGUGUGACAUGAGAUAGAGUAGACAUGAUAUACUUCAUGUUAGAUUCUUUAUACACAUCUUGUAAUCCUUGUUUAUAUACCACUGCACUUAAGUAUGUUAAUUAAAGUUGGUUCAUUGAUUUA